CUGGAGCGUUUCAGCUGGCGUGAACGACGCUUCAAGUUGACGUGGAUGCAUGUCUAGUUUCGUUUUUUUGGUCCUUCUUAUCGAAGUUUGUUUCAGCAUAAUUUCAAUUGAUGAAAGUUUUUAUUUACUGUUAGCUACCUUUUCAAAAUGUCCUCUGUUGAAGAAGGUGAAUGUAGUCGCGGCUUGGAUCAGCUCAACAAAUUCGAGAAACUGUCGGGGAGGCCUCCCAUCAGAGACUCAGGUUUGUAGCUAGCUAAACUGUAGUUAUUAUUCUAGCUAACGUUAGCGGCUAUCCAUGUAAAAGUACCUAGCUGGAUUUAGCUAGCUACAGUAACUAACUGGCGAGCAAUCUAAACAGCUAGAUAGCGUAAUUGUUUAGGAAGGUAGAUCUUCGAAUUACAAUAUUAGAGACAGAUGAUGAACUUUAGCUGUAACCAAGUAUUCUCUCCAGCGAACUAACUAGCUUGCUUGAUACGGAAGCAAGCUGUCAACUGUCAUGCAAACAAGACUAACUAAUGGUGGGAAGCAUGCAUUUUCUCUAUACAUUGCCAGUGAUUUGUAUUUGUACUACUAAAUUUGCUGAGUAGAUCUGUUUCCAUAGGCAACACUGAAGUAAUGACAAAUAAGUGGCAACCACAGUUUUGAAACAACUCAUGCACAGAUGAAAGAUGGGAAAAGUAUCUUUGACUCGAGUCAAAGAUACUCCAGGUUCUGAGGGGUUGGGUAGUGUGACAGCCACUUAUGCGGUAGCUGCACCACCUAGGCUGUGUUUUUCUCUCUCUCUCUGGGUAGCUGUAUGUGUGUUUGUCAAAACAACAAUACUCAAUGGACAAGCCACUUGUCUAGCCUAUUUGGUUAGACACUAAACAGGCUUGAACUGAACUCCACCAAAAGCCUAUGUGGAGUGUCGGUCUGUCUGUUUUUGUAAUGUUUUUGGGGUUUUGUUCUCUCUGCUAAUUGUCUGUGUGUGCACAUGUCUGUAUCAUGGCUGGUGUUUGUGGUUGGUGAUGACUGGCAGGCUCUAAGAAGAGAAUAAGAUGGCUUCAGGCUCGGCGGAUCUUCUCCCCUUCGUGCCCCAACUUCCGCAUCCCUAAUAGGUUUCUGGGAGAAGGUGGGUAACUGUAACACCUCUAGACUGCAGCCAAGACGUCCUCUCUCUUCACCGACCAAUACUAACGCAACUCUAGUGCCCUCAGACUCCGCUAAAGAAUGAGGGAUUCAAUUUAAGCUGGCCCGGGUUGAACCGGGAUAUGGCCCGUCACGUGACCGGGCGAAGCCAGUGAGGGAGGGUGCGCCCUGCUAAAACUGAACAGUAAUCUGCGCCACUUGGCCAUCUUGUCAAUAAGGCAUCAUGAAGCAUCGUUCAGAAACAUACAUAUCUUUUCCAUGAAAUAUGUUUGAAUUUUCAAACUAGGUUUAAUUGAGAAUGCAGAUAAAGCAUUUUUAUUAAACGCAAUCACUUUUGCAUAGAAAAACACAAUCCUACAUAUUACUCCACGUGCUUCACCUACUGCACGUCACUUUUGUUUUGAGCCGACUUCGCUGUCGGCCAGAACGGGGCAUUAAUGGAAUCCCUUCAAUGGCAACUCUCUCCUACAGUUGGUGAAGCACUAAUGUCCUCCUCUCUGCCCUUUCACCUCCUCUCGCACUCCCUCGUCCAGUCUGCAGUGCUUCUCUUCUUCCUCCUAUUGUUUUCCAUGACUGCUUCCUCCUCUCUUCCUAUCUAAACAGCCUCCUUUCCCUCUCCCUUGUAAUGGUUCUCGGUCCACUCCACCUCUUCUCUUCCUUCCUGUUCUCUUUUAUCACUUGCACUUCAAAUCAUCCCUCCUAGCAAGAGUCUGUCUCUUACUCUGAUUGGCCAUGGUUCCUCCUCUUCUCACUCAUCCUCUUCAGUUUUCUCUAUUGGACCCAGGGGCUUGCUCUCCCUCAGUGUCUCUCUGGGUUUGGAAGUACGUUUGUCAUGGAGUUUUCUGAGGUCUCUCUGUUCUAUUUUUCUCUCUGUGAGUCUGUCAUGUUGUUGCUCCUAUAACGAUUGUCAUAAUUGUUAUAAAGGCAAUAGACCUCAGUGCGCCUAGAAAAAAAUCACCCAAAUGAAAGUGGUUGCAAUGAUUACUUCACUGUACCGCAGCCCCUGAGUGCCAUGGAGAAUACACCGAGCUGCCCCUGAGUGCCAUGGAGAAUACACCGAGCGCAGAUUCAUGACAGGCAUGCUUGCACCAUUACCACAAAGAAAACAGCUUGUUACCUCAAAUAUUUUUCAUUGUGCUCCUUAAUGUCUUUGUGCUCCUAAAUUUUUCAACUUAGGCUCACACCUGCUCCUUGUAUAUAUGUUUUUUUUUUUUAAGUCAGCGUAGAGACCUGGACCUGUACCUCCUAUUUUCCUCAGUGUCUGAAAGUAGAUACAUUUGACUAUUUGAUCGGUUAUUCCACUAAAAGCAUUCCUCUGGUCUUGUCAAUGUUUUUUCUUCUUCUUGAGGAUCAAUGAUUCCAUAGGGCUAUUGUUUGGUCCUCUGUUGUUUACACAAACUCAUCAUACUGAAAUUAUGGGAUGGACAGUUAAUCAUUAUACAUAGUGAACUCGACCACCUUCACAGUGAAAAUGUUACAAAGUAUGUCAAUAAGAUAUGGUUAAUUAUUCAUUUAACAUGCUGACUUUCUCCAAAGCUUGUCAUAUAGGGAGUAAUUUAACCACAUGCUUGCUAUUGUGAUGGCUAGGCCUAUUUAUCUAGAUUCUUAAAUAAUCAGAAAUGUUUUAGCAUUUGCAUGUUGAAAGCUGUCUGCUUGUAUAGGCAUACACAGUGCAGACAUGUUCUUGGUAAUCUGAGCAGCAGAUGAAAUAAUUACUAGAGGGGUAAUGGCUCUGGGUUGAAAUCUGAUGGAAACCCGCUGGAUUACUUCACUGCAGUUUAUAAUACACAUUUAUGUCUCUAGAUCUGUCGUCUAUGACACACAGCUGGGAAAUGACCGAGACUAGGCCUACACAUCUAUGGCUCUUCAGCCCAUGCAAAUCACGUUUUUAGAUUGGAAUCUAGAUGAUGUUUCAGGCUGCAUUCCAUUCCAAAUAAUGGUCCCUUCCGCUCUGUUGUUCCUGCCCUCACUCCCCCUCAUGAAUCUGGCUGGACUAAAUAGGUGAAAACAAUAUGGCAGAAAGAAACUAGGUGGCGCUAUUGCUUACAAAGUUAUCUCAGAUCCACAAAGGGCAGUAAAGGAGUGCAAGAGGAAGGGGGGGGAAAAGUCCCCUCCUUCCCCCACCCUUGCUCCCUCUUCCAUCCAUGUAACCCCGCUCUUUACUCACCUCCCCCCUCAGGUCACUGUGCCCCCCCGGCCCGCAGCGGACACCGGUGUGUGGCAGACAGUGCCAACCUGUAUGUGUUUGGAGGGUACAACCCUGACUUUGAGGAGGCAGGUGGCUCGGAGAACGAGGAUUACCCUCUAUUCAGGGAGCUGUGGAGGUUCCACUUUGCCACGGCUACCUGGCAACAGGUCCACACAGAGGGCUACAUGCCCACCGAGCUGGCCUCCAUGUCUGGUAAGGGGAAGAGUUGAAGAUGAUCUGUCCUUUAUGUACCCAUCCAUUGCAAAAUUAACUUGCUUAACCAUUAUUAUCCGUUCCUGGUUAGACUAAGAACAGACAGUUGGACAGUUUGUUUUGUGUUUGUCUCUGUGUGUCUCAGCUGUCUUACACGGCAACAAUCUAUUGGUGUUUGGGGGCACUGGGAUUCCUUUUGGAGAAAGCAACGGGAAUGACGUCCAUGUCUGCAACGUUCACUACAAACGCUGGAAACUGCUCCACUGCAGAGGGAAGAAACCCAACCGAAUCUACGGGCAGGUAAAGAGCUCUUAUCUGCUCUCACCACCUGAGCUGUCCCACUGACACAUGGUGUGGUCUGUGGAGAGUUAGCGGUUAGCUUCAAACCUGGGCUAUGGCAUCUUCCAAUACUCCUACAGUGCAUUCAGAAAGUAUUCAGACACCUUGACUUUUUCCACAUUUUGUUGCCUUAUUCUAAAAUUGAUCAAAUUGUUUUUUCCCCCUCAUCAAUCUACACACAAUACCCCAUAAUGACAAAGCAAAAACAGGUUUGUAUAAAUUUUAGCAAAUUUUAUAAAAAAUACAAAAUGGAAAUAUUACAUUUACAUAAGUAUUCAGACCCUUUAUUCUGUACUUUGUUGAAGCACCUUUGGCAGCGAUUACAGCCUCAAGUCUUCUUUGGUAUAACGCUAAAAGCUUGGCACACCUGUAUUUGGGGAGUGUCUCUCAUUCUCCUCUGCAGAUCCUCUCAAGCUCUGUCAGGUUGGAUGGGGAGUGUCGCUGCACAGCUAUUUUCAGGUCUCUCCAGAGAUGUUAGAUCGGGUUCAAGUCCGGGCUCUUGCUGGGCUACUCAAGGACAUUCAGAGACUUGUCCCGAAGCCACUCCUGCGUUGUCUUGGCUGUGUGCUUAGGGUUGUUGUCCUGUUGGAAGGUGAACCUUCACCCCAGUCUGAGGUCCUGAGCACUCUGGAGCAGGUCUUCAUCAAGGAUCUCUCUGUACUUUGCCUCGAUCCUGACUAGUCUCCCAGUCCUUGCCGCUGAAAAACAUCACCACAGCAUGAUGCUGCCACCAACAUGCUUCACUGUAGGGAUGGUGCCAUGUUUCCUCCAGACGUGACGCUUGGCAUUCAGAACAAAGAGUUCAAUCUUGCUUCUCAUGGUCUGGGAGUCUUUAGGUACCUUUUGUUAAACUCCAAGAGGACUUUCAUGUGCCUUUUUACUGAGGAGUGGCUUCCGUCUGGCCACUCUACCAUAAAGGCCUGAUUGGUGGAGUGCUGCAGAGAUGCUUGUCCUUCUGGAAAGUUCUCCCAUCUCCACAGAGGAACUCUGGAGCUCUGUCAGAGUGACCAUCAGGUUCUUGGUCCCUAACCAAGGCCCUGUUCCCCCGAUUGCUCAGUUUGGCCGGGCAGCCAGCUCUAGGAAGAGUCUUGGUGGUUCCAAACUUCUUCCAUUUAAGAAUGAUGGAGGCCACUGUGUUCUUUGUACCUUCAAUGCUGCAGAAUUUUUUUUUGGGUACCCUUCCCCAGAUCUGUGCCUCGACACAAUCCUAUCUCAGAGGCUCUAAGGACAAUUCCUUUGACCUCAUGGCUUGGUUUUUGAUCUGACAUGCACUGUCAACUAUGGGACCUUUUAUAUAGACAGGUGUGCCUUUCCAAAUCCAGUCCAAUCAAUUGAAUUUACCACAGGUGGACUCCAAUGAAGUUGUAGAAGCAUCUCAAGGAUGAUCAAUGGAAACAGGAUGCACCUGAGCUCAAUUUCGAGUCUCAUAGCAAAGGGUCUGAAUACUUAUGUAAAUAAGAUAUUUCUGUUUUUAUUUUAAUAAAUGUGUAAAAAAUUUCGCUUUGUCAUUAUGGGGUAUUGUGUGUAGAUUGAGGAUUUGUAUUUAUUUAAUCCAUUUUAGAAUAAGGCUGUAACGUAACAAAAUGUGGAAAAAGUUAAGGGGUCUGAAUACUUUCCGAAUGCACUGUAUAUGACUUCCUUUCCCUGUCUCUUUCCUGACCUCUGAUCUGAAAAGAUUGGCUCGGUCAAAGUAAAUAACUGACAUAAUUAUUUACUUUGUUAGUCUAACCUACUAUAACGAAUCGCCUAAUUCUGAAUCCCUUGGCUUGACAGUUAGGAAACUCCCCUCACAACCAUGUUCUCUCUCCCUCUCAUACCUCCCUCCUUCCAGGCCAUGGCCAUCAUUAAUGGCUAUCUGUAUGUGUUUGGAGGGACGACAGGCUACGUUUACAGCACAGACCUACACAGGCUGGACCUGACUACCAGGGAGUGGACCCACCUCAAGCCCAACAACCCCCCUACAGACCUGCCUGAGGAGAGGUCAGUCACCCCCUAUACCUCAUCAUCUAGUUACACACACACACACACACACAUCUUAAUCCCUCUCUUUCUCCCUCUUUCAGGUACAGACAUGAGGUAGCCCAUGAUGGACAGAGAAUAUACAUCCUAGGAGGCGGGACUUCCUGGACAUCAUAUCCUCUAGACAAAGUACAGUACAGGAGGAUGGAACGCUGUAUGUAUGAUGGUUGUUUUACUGACAUACUUUUAACAUGGGGAUUUACGUUCUGUUCCCCCCUCAGAUACACGCCUACAACUUAGAGACUAACUCCUGGGAGGAGAUCAUCACUAAACCUCAUGAAAAAAUAGGUUGGUUGCAUAAGGGUCUAUGUUUUUCGUAUACACAUUACUGUGCACGCGUACACAGAUCAGUAAACUGAUGCGUGUCCUGUUGUCGUUGUCAGGGUAUCCUGCAGCACGACGGUGUCACAGUUGUGUCCAGGUCAGGCAGGGUAAGAACUUUACAUCUGUUUUAAUAGGAAUCAGCUCUGUGUGUGUCCAGGCUAGGGUUACCAGAAUUUUCAGUAAUAUUGGUAAAUAACAGGUAAUUUAUGGUAACUUUGGUAAUUGAGACUUGAAUAACUUGCAAAUCUUUUUACAAUCAUAAAAAAAUAAAAGUGUGUGUGUGUGUGUGUAUAUAUAUAUAUACACAGUGCCUUGAGAAACUAUUCCCACCCCUUGACCUUUUUCCACAUUUUGUUGUUACAGCCAUGACCCAUUAAAUUGUCACUGGCCUACACCAUACCCCAUAAUAUCAAAGUGGAAUUUCGUGUUUAGAAAUUUUACAAAUUAAUUAACAAUGAAAAGCUGAAAUGUCUUUAGUCAAUAAGUAUUCAACUCCUUUGUUAUGGAAAGCCUAAAUAAGUUCAGGUGUGAAAAUGUGCUUAGUAAAUCACAUAAUAGGUUGCACUCACGCUGUGUGCAAUAAUAGUGUGUAACAUGAUUUUUGAAUGACUACCCCAUACGUGCAUAUAUCUGUAAGGUCCCUCAGUCGAGCAAUGAAUUUCAAACACAGAUUCAACCACAAGACCAGGGAGGUUUUCCAGUGCCUCGCAAAGAACGGCACCUAUUGGUAGAUUAUUAUUAUUAUUAUUAUUAUUAUUAUUUAAAAAAUUAAAAGCAGACAUUGAAAUCCUUUUGAGCAUGGUGAAGUUAUUACACUUUGGAUGAUGUAUCAAUACACCCUGUCUCUACAAAGAUACAGGCGUCCUUCCUAACUCAGUUGCUGGAGAGGAAGGAAACUGCUCAGGGAUUUCACCAUGAGGCCAAUGGUGACUUUAAAACAGUUAGUUUAAUGGCUGUGAUGGGAGGUAACUGAGGAUGGAUCAACAACGUUGUAGUUACUCCACAAUACUUACCUAAAUGACAGAGUGAAAAGAAGGAAGCCUGUGCAGAAUAAAAAACACAACACCACUGAGUACCACUCUUCAUAUUUUCAAGCAUGGUGGUGGCUGCAUCAUGUUAUAGGUAUGCUUGUCAUCGGCAAGGACAAGAGUGUUUUUUUUGGAUUAAAAUAAACGCAAUAGCGCUAAGCACAUGCAAAAUCGUGGAGGACAACCUGUUUCUCUGCUUUCCAACAGACACUGGGAGACAAAUUCAGCUUUCAGCAGGACAGUAACCUAAAACAUAAGGCCAAAUGUAGUUGCUUACCAAGACGACAUUGAAUGUUCCUAAGUGGCCUAGUUAGACUUUUUACUGAAAUUGUUUGGAAAUCUAUGGCAAGACUUGACAAUUGCUGUCUGGCAAUGAUCAACAACCAACUUGACAUAGCUUGAAGAAUUUAAAAAAGAAUGUGCAAAUAUUUCACAGUCCAGGUGUGUAAAGCGCUUAGACUUACCCAGAUGAUUCUAACAUGUAUUGACUUGGGUGUGAAUACUAAAUGAUGUUUCUUAAUUUAAUACAUUUGUAAACAUUUCUAAAAACAUGUUUUCACGUUGUCAUUAUGGGGUAGUGUGUGUGUGUAGAUGGGUGAGAAUCUAUUUAAUCCAUUUUGAAUUCAGGCUGUGCCACAACAAAAUGUCUAAGUCAAGGGGUAUGAAUACUUCCUAAAGGCACGAUAUAGUAUAUAUUGUGCAUUAGUUUCUAGUGGAUAGACCAUGGUUCACAAGAAAAUAGGCUAAUGGGGAAAAAAGCAUCAAAUCAAACCCUCAUAUUAAACACCAAUGGUAUUCACUAAGUUGAUGGUUUAUAUUUAGAAUGUUUUACAGCUUUGUCAUUCUAUAAAAAUAAAAUCCUCUUAUUUGAUAUACACUGAGUAUACCAAACAUUAUGAACACCUUCCUAAUAUUGAGUUGCAACCCCCCCUCCCCUUUUGCUCUCAGAACAGCCUCUAUUCAUCGGGGCAUGGACUCUACAAGGUGUCAAGCGUUCCACAAGAAUGCUGGCCCAUGUUGACUGCAAUGCUUCCCACAGUUGUCAAGUUGACUGGAUGUCCUUUGGGUGGUGGGCCAUUCUUGAUACAUACACACUGGAAACUUGAGUGUGAAAAACCCAGCAGUGUUGCAGUUCUUCACACAAACUGGUGCACCUGACACCUACUACCAUAACCUGUUCAAAGGCACUUCAAUCUUUUGUCUUGCCCAUUCACCCUCUGAAUGGCACAUACACAAUCCAUGUCUCAAGGCUUAAACAUCCUUCUUUAACCUGUCUCCUCUUCAUCUACACUGAUUUGAAGUGGAUCAACAAGUAACAUCAAUAAGGGAUCAUAGCUUUCACCUGGUCAGUCUGUCAUGAUGGAGCAGAUGUCCUUAAUGUUUUGUACACUCAGUGUAUUUUACAUGUGAUAAGGCCACACAGAGGGCCAGAGAUAAUUAUAUAAACCUGUGAUAAUCUGAAGUACCCAUGUGAUAAAAUCCUUAAAUUACCAAAGUUCUGGUAGUUUACUAGUAAACUUUGAAAGUUACCAAUAACAUACCUAGGCUAUGGACUGGGAGUCAGUGUUCAUCCCUCUUUCUCUCUCCCCCAGAGGUGUUUCUAUGUGGGGGUUACAACGGGGAGCUGAUCCUAGCUGACCUGUGGAAGAUCAACCUGCAGACCUUCCAGUGGACCAAGCUACCCACGAUCAUGCCUGAGCCUGCUUACUUCCACUGUGCUGCCGUCACACCGGUCAGUACAACACACACACACUUUUCUGGAUGUACGAUUUUCAAUCACAUCUCUUUAUUUUUUUAAUUUUUAUUUCACCUUUAUUUAACCAGGUAAGCCAGUUGAGAACAAGUUCUCAUUUACAACUGCGACCUGGCCAAGAUAAAGCAAAGCAGUGCGAUUAAAUGUAGCAAGUUAUGGAGGUAAGGCAAUAAAUAGGCCAUAGUGCAAAAUAAUUACAAUUAGUAUUAACACUGGAAUGAUAGAUGUGCAAAUGGAGAUACUGGGGUGCAAAUGAGCAAAAUAAAUAACAAUAUGGGGAUGAGGAAGUUGAGUGGGCUAAUUUCAGAAGGGCUGUGUACAGGUGCAGUGAUCGGUAAGGUGCUCUGACAACUGAUGCUUAAAGUUAGUGAGGGAGGUAAGAGUCUCCAGCUUCAGAGAUUUUUGCAGUUCGUUCCAGUCAUUGGCAGCAGAGAACCGGAAGGAAUGGCGGCCAAAGGAGGUGUUGGCUUUGGGGAUGACCAGUGAGAUAUACCUGCUGGAGCGCAUUCUACGGUUGGGUGUUGCUAUGGUGACCAAUGAGCUAAGAUAAGGCAGAGAUUUGCCUAGCAGUGAUUUAUAGAUGGCCUGGAGCCAGUGGGUUUGGCGACGAAUAUGUAGUGAGGACCAGCCAACAAGAGCGUACAGAUCACAGUGGUGGGUAGUAUAUGGGGCUUUGGUGACAAAACGGAUGGCACUGUGAUAGACUACAUCCAAUUUGCUGAGCAGAGUGUUGGAGGCUAUUUUGUAAAUGACAUCGCCGAAGUCAAGGAUCGGUAGGAUAGUCAGUUUUACGAGGGCAUGUUUGGCAGCAUGAGUGAAGGAGGCUUUGUUGCUAAAUAGGAAGCUGAUUCUAGAUUUAACUUUGGAUUGGAGAUGCUUAAUGUGAGUCUGGAAGGAGAGUUUACAGUCUAACCAGACACCUAGGUAUUUGUAGUUGUCCACAUACCCUAGGUCAGACCCGUCGAGAGUAGUGAUUCUAGUCGGGUGGGCGGGUGCCAGCAGCGUUCGAUUGAAGAGCAUGCAUUUCUGUUUGAAAAAGCUAGCCUUUGCUUUCCUAACUGCUUGUGUAUAUUGGUUCCUAACUUCCCUGAAACGUUGCUAAUGCAGUACACCACAUGAUGUUUUUGUGCUGGUCAAGGGCAGUCAAGUCUGAGGAGAACCAGGGGCUAUAUCUGUUCUUAGUUCUGAAUUUUUUGAAUGGGCCAUGCUUAUUUAAGAUUGAGUGGAAAGCACUUUUAAAGAACAACCAGGCAUCCUCUACUGACGGAAUGAGAUCGAUAUCCAUCCAGGAUACCUGGGCCAGGUCAAUUAGGAAGGCCUGCUCGCUAAAGUGUUUUAGGGAGCGUUUGACAGUGAUGAGGGGUGGUCGUUUGACCGCGGACCCGUUACGGACGCAGGCAAUAAGGCAGUGAUCGCUGAGAUCCUGGUUGAAGACAGCUGAGGUGUAUUUAGAGGGUAAGUUAGUCAGGAUGAUAUCUAUGAGGGUGCCCAUGUUUAUGGAUUUAGGAUUGUACCUGGUAGGUUCCUUGAUAAUUUGUGUGAGAUUGAGGGCAUCUCGUUUGGAUUGUAGGAUGGCCGGGGUGUUAAGCAUAUCCCAGUUUAGGUCACCAAGCAGUAUGAACUCUGAGGAUAGAUGGAGGGCAAUCAAUUCACAUAUGGUGUCCAGGGCACAGCUGGGGGCUGAGGGGGGUCUGUAGCAAGCGGCAACAGUGAGAGACUUAUUUCUGGAAAGGUGGAUUUUUAGAAGUAGGAGCUCAAACUGUUUGGGCACAGACCUGGAUAGUAUGAUAGAGCUCUGCAGGCUAUCUCUACAGUAGAUUGCAACUCCACCCCCUUUGGCAGUUCUAUCUAGACGGAAAAUGUUGUAGUUGGGGAUGGACAUUUCUGAAUGUUUGGUGGCCUUCCUAAGCCAGGAUUCAGACACUGCUAGAACAUCAGGGUUGGCGGAGUGUGCUAAGGAAGUGAAUAACUCAAAUUUAGGAAGGAGGCUUCUGAUGUUAACGUGCAGAAAACCAAGGCUUUUACGGUUACAGAAGUCAACACAUGAUAGCUCCUGGGGAGUAGGAAUGAUACUGGGUGCUGCAGGGUCUGGGUUAGCCUCUACAUCACCAGAGGAACAGAGGAGGACUAGAAUAAGGAUACGGCUAAAGGCUUUAAGAACUGGUCUUCUAGUGCGUUGGGUACAGAGAAUAAAGGGGGCAGAUUUCCGGGCGUUGUAGAAUAGAUUCAGGGCAUUAUGUACAGACAAGGAUAUGGAAGGAUAUGAGUACAGUGGAGGUAAACCUAAGCGUUGGGUAACAAUGAAAUAGAGAGCAUCACUGGAGGCACCGAUUGAGCCGGUCUCGGCAUGUAUGGGGGGUGGAACAAAGGAGCUAUUAGAGGCAGUUUGAGAGGGACUUGGGGUUCUACAGUGAAAUUGUAUAAUAAGAACUAACUGGAACAGCAAUAGGCAAGGCAUAUUGACAUGGGAGAGAAGAAUAAAGCAAUCACAGGUGUUAUUAGAGAGAGCGAAGACAACAACUGGUAAUGGCGAUGAAAGUUUGGACUGAGGCUAAACAGAUAAACAGGACAGGGUACCGUGUAAAGGAACAGUCCAGCAGGCAUCAGCUGUGCAGCUGAGUGAUCAUAAGGUCCAGUGAACAGCAAUAUGUGAGUCCGAGAGCAGUUCGAAUUGGUGCUACAGCACAGCGAGCAGGAAGCACGGCUGUUGUUUGCGUGUGCUAGCGGGCCGGGGCUAGCAGAUGGAGCUUUGUGGUCGUCGUAACGGGAAGCCUGUUGAAACCACAGACUAUUACGUCGGCAGACCAGUCGUGAUGGAUCGGCGGGGCUCCGUGUCGACUCUAGGAGGUCCUGUCCGGUUGACAGAGAGGUAGAUAGCUGGGAGAUGUGCCUGACUCGAGGAUAGCUCAAGGCUGAUUAGCCAACAACAACAUCCAUUUGGUUGCAGCUAGCUAGUUGCGAUGAUCCGGUGUUAAAGGUCCAGCGAUUUAGUGAUUCAGGCUGAAAAUCCGAUAUGUUCUGGGUCGAUAACGCGCUGUGCAGACUGGCCGAUAAUAGUCCAGGCUAGAGCUGGCUGGUAGGUAGUGCAGGCCACAGACAAUGGUGAAAAACCGCUAACGGUGGCUAAUAGCAAGUAGCUAGUUAGCUGGCUACUCCCGUCCGGUAGACAGAGUGGUAGAUAGCCGGGAUAUGGGCCUGGCUCGAGGCUAGCUCAAGGCUAACUGGUGCUUGCUUCGGGGGUAGUGGUGAUUAGCCUACAGCAACAUCCAUUCGGUUGCGGCUAGCUAGUUGCGAUCUGGUGUUAGUGUCCAGUGAUUCAGUUAUUCCGGCAGAAAAUCCGAUGUUCUGGGUGAAAACCGCUAACGGUGGCUAAUAGCAAGUAGCUAGUUAGCUGGCUAGCUAGUUUCAACUGGAGAUUCUAGAUAAAGGUGAGUAAAUAAUAGAAUCCGUUCCACAUUGAGUGAGGCGGGUUGCAGGAAAGUAUAUUUAGUAGAAGGAUGAAAAGUGUGAUGGGGAAAUAUGUACGAAAAAUACAAAAAACAGGCUAUUUACACGGACACACAACAAAGAACAUGACCGCACUGCUACGCCAUCUUGGAUCUCUCUCUCCUCUCCCAGGCUGGCUGUAUGUAUGUGCAUGGUGGGGUGGUGAACAUGUCAGAGAACAGGAGGACUGGGUCUCUGUACAAGGUGUGGCUGGUGGUGCCCAGCCUGCUGGAACUGACCUGGGAGAGGCUGCUCAAGGCCUUCCCUCGCCUGGCCCAGCUCUCCUCCCUGCAGCUACUCAGCCUGGGCCUCACACACACCCUCAUCCAGCGCCUCAAGUAG